AAAAAAAAAAAGUAGCGGCGGAAGUAGUUGUUACUUCCUGCUAGAGGCCCAGCACUGUCAUUGUACGACGCCAUGAUGAUGGGAAGCGGGAUGAAUCUGUGGCCCGGGGGACCGGCUCCUGGAGAGCUGCACUGUUUCCCCGGGGCGGGUCCGGUCAGACACACACUGAACCCUAUGGUGACGGGAACCUCUGUGCUGGGAGUGAAAUUUGAUGGGGGAGUGAUUAUUGCGGCGGACAUGCUGGGCUCCUAUGGGUCGCUGGCGAGAUUCCGCAACAUCUCCAGGAUAAUGAAAGUGAAUGAGAACACUAUUCUGGGGGCAUCUGGAGACUACGCGGAUUAUCAGUAUCUCAAGCAGGUCAUUGAUCAGAUGGUCAUCGAUGAGGAGCUGGUGGGGGACGGACACAAUUACAGCCCAAAGGCCAUUCACUCAUGGCUGACCCGGGUCAUGUACAACCGGAGGAGCAAGAUGAACCCCCUGUGGAACACCGUCGUUAUUGGGGGUUUCUAUAAUGGAGAGAGUUUCCUUGGAUACGUGGACAAACUGGGCGUGGCCUAUGAAGCACCAACCAUUGCUACGGGCUUUGGCGCAUACCUGGCACAGCCGCUGCUGAGAGAAGUAACCGAGAAUAAAGCGACUCUGAGUAAGGAAGAGGCUCGGCAGCUUGUAGAUCGCUGCAUGAAAGUUCUGUAUUACAGAGACGCCCGCUCAUACAAUCGGUUUGAGAUCACCACGGUAACAGAAAGCGGAGUGGAGGUUGAAGGGCCUCUGUCAUCAGAAACCAACUGGGACAUCGCUCACCUGAUCAGCGGCUUCGAGUGAUCCCGGCGUCACGUUUCUGCUCCUUCUUCUUCAUCAUCAGUUUUCUUAUUGUUUUUCUUGCUUAUGUAAUGGCACUUCUGUUUUGUAAAUGAACAUUAAACUGGGAGACAAAUGGCUCGUUGGGACAACU